ACUCGAGUGAAGCUUCUGCCCUUCUCUAUUUUGUGACAAUACCACAGACAAUUAUUUCGGCAAUUUGGCUAUAUUAUUUUCAUCAUGGCGUUAGAGAAAGGUCAAGUAUUCAUUGAGGAAGGCUUGAGGGAUAUGACAAUCGAAGAUUUACAAGAGUUUUCAAAUAUAUUUGCUUCAGAGUUCAACAACAGCGACAUACAUGACCGAGUGCUCUGUUUCCAAAUCAUUGAAAACGAAACAAAAGUCGUCGAUUCCGAAGAUGAAUAUGAAAGUCGAUGUGAAAGUGAAACUGGAAGUAAUUUACAUGUAUUAAGUGGGGACGUAUUCUCCACAGAAUAUGAAGAUCAACCUGUUGAGGUGAAAGAUAAUUCCUGUGAAAUGACUUCAAUAGACGGUAAUAUGUUUCUAAAUUAUAAACUGAUGGCUAUCAUGGGUAUAUAAUUUGCCAUUUAUUUGGCAUAUAUUUUAACCCCUUAAAAUUUGCAAGUGACCGCA